AUGGAAGUUCCUCGAUUAUUUGAGUAUUUUGCUGUAUAUGGACUCAAUGAAGACCUCCCUAUAACUACAUUUACUCUUCCUUCUGACAGAGAAAAAGCUGAAGUUUAUACAGGAAGUAAUUAAUAUUCAGUCGAAAAUGCCAUUUCAAGCCUCAGACUUAGAGUAAUUAACGAAGAUGAAGUCCUUAUGUCGAAUAAAACAGAAUUUCUUAAUUUUUAUGAACUUGCCUGCAGAGAUGGUAAACGACUUUGGCUUGAAAUUGUAUACGGACGGGUAAAUGGUCACACUCGUGCUUCAUGGACAGGCCGGUCAAUAUCAAGAAUUGAGCUUUACUAUAUGCAGUAUGAAGGCGAAUACAUAAAAAUCCCAGUCACACAUUGCUUAGAACCGGUUCCCGUAUUAAUAGGUAGUAUUGUAAAUUGCAUUUUUUAAUAUUAAUUUAUCUUUUUCACUGAUUUUUUGACUGCCAAAUCUAUCGAAAAAUGAAUUUUUCUAUACAAAAAUUCAUAAUUUUAAUGAAAAAAAAAAAAAGUUUUUACUAUAAAGCUGCACAGCAUAGGUACAGUCAUACAGAAAAUGACCAUCAUUAUUAUAGUGGAAAUUAUGAUAUCACACUUUUAUUAAAUGCGAAACAAAUGGAUGGGCUCAGGCUUGUAAUGACGUGUACAUAUACAGAUACGACACCUGGAAUGCCGAUAGUUGAUAUUAAAAUGGUUGCUGCUUCAAUACAGCAAAACGCGAAAGGAGAACUAAAAAAAGUGGCUGUUAUACCUGAUAAUUAUCAAUAUAUAUUCAGCAAAUAUCUGAUUUCUGCUAUCAUAAGUAAUUAUAAUAUUCUUUUUUUAUAGAAAUAUACAAAUAUAAAAUGCUAAAAAAUCAUAAAUUUUAUAUAAAAUAUCAUAAAUUUCCCAUUAGGCAAAAGUAAAGACACAUUUCUCUGCUUCAAAAAUCUCAAAGACCCUCUCUCAACUGUCCUAAAAGCAGAACUAAUAGAAAAAUUUCCUCGAGAAGACCAUCCAGACAACCCCUUAUCCCAAGCAAUCAAUAUGUUUUGCUUUAGUGAAGGAAUUAUAUUAACCAAAGAACAAGAAGCUCCAAAGGUAUUUUCUUUUAUUUUAUCAUCAGCAAAUGAAUCUACCGGGAGGGUUAAAAAAAUGUAUGUGACUUGUCUAAUAUUUUACGAACAAAUCAAUGAAAAAAUUUCAAAUAUUUUAUACCUUUACCUAUAAAAAUAAAAAAUUAUUUUAUUAUUAAUAUAAAAUCCUAUUUAAUUAUAUAGAAAAUACAUAUUCUACAAGACGCCACAAAUAAAGUGUAUAUGCCCAAAGCGAUUUGUUUAAUAUCAAAUUGGCCUUUUAUUGACCAAUACCGAGAAAUUUUGAAGCAGAUUUAUAGGCUACAUUUAUCCACUUAUGAAGUUCCAAUUGAAAGGGUUAUUUGUAAUUUAAUACAAGAAGUGCCAUUACCAGAUCAAGGAGUGACCACAGUACAAUAUUCCAUUGGUAACAAAAGACUAUAUUUUUCUCGGCCUCCUCCUAAAUAUUUGCCUUAUUUGCCUGACACCUGUCUAGAGUACCUAUUUAGGUGUCUCCCUAUAAAUGACGUGGUUUCAGUAUGGAGCUGUGUACUUGUGGAGAGAAAAGUCCUAUUGAUUUCUCAGCACAAGGCAUUAUUGACCUAUACCUCAAUAGCCCUAACCCAGCUGAUUUUUCCAUUCAGAUGGGAACAAGUCCUUAUCCCAAUUCUUCCAAUGCCACUGAAAAAUUAUAUAGAGACAAUUUUCCCUUAUAUUAUUGGUGUAUCCCCAUCUAUGAUUACUAAAGAACUUGAAAUCCCAGUCGACGCUGUUAAGGUUGAUUUGGAUACAGGCAGAAUUGAAAGUAGAGAGCCACUGCCAAGGCUUCCUGAUAAACUACAAAGAGGCUUAAUAAGCAGACUAAUGAAGUGUGCUAAUAUUUAUUCACCUAAAGAUCCUAUUCGAGAAACAGCUGAUGAAGCUUUUGACUCUGUUAUAAGGGACUUAGAAGAGUGUAAUUUUAAUCCUUAUCAGAUUAAAGACGCAUUUAUUGAGUUUUUUGCACAUUUGUUGAAGAAUUAUCAGAGGUAUUUUUUGAUGCCGAAUAAAACAGGGGAUAAAGUAGCGGAUUCUAGGCAGUGUUUUAAUACUGCAGAAUUUUUAAAGGAGUUUUGGGAAAUUAUCCUUAUUUUUCUGUCAUUUUUAUCUUUUUUUUAUAUAAAAUUUAGCUUAAGUAUAAUAAAAUAGUAUUUAAAUUAAUUAAAAAUGGUAUAAAUUAUCACAAAAGUAACAAACCUGAAAACUUUUUGUUUAAGGUAACAGAAACCUCACUAUUUGCAAGCUUCAUCGAAAGCCGCUAUUUUCCUACUGACAACCAAUACGAGCUUAACUAUUUUGAUGACUCAAGUCGGUUUAAAAGGACUAAAAAUGACCCAUUUUUCGUAAAACCAUAUUAUCCUCAAGAGACCCUCCCAGCUUUAUACGCCAAUGAUAUCGGCUUUGAGCCUGGAAUGGUCUUUCAAUACGACAGUUUUCCACGUCUAAAUGAAAGCAAUUUCAUUGAGCCCCGGCGCGUCCAACAGCUUGCUGUAAACGCAGCCCCAAAGCCCACUUUACUACUAAAAGACGACAUGUUAAUGAGAAUGACCCAAAUUGAAUGAGGAAAAUUCUUAAUGACCACAAUUUAUCGAGUCUGGUUUAUGGCUUUCACUGCUUGUAUGCCACGAUAUAAACAAUACUCCGACCAACUAAUGGACUUAGCCCUUUGCAUUAUGGACACUAUGAAGAAAAACGCUAAUAAGCCUGACGAAGAAAUCUAUAGAAAAUUAAUUGAGGCAUGUGGGCAUUGUGGGCUCAGAGAAAGGGUUUUAUCAUUAUUUAAAAGAAUGAAAAACCAAGGGAUCGAGCCUGAUGCCUGCACACAUGGAGUUUAUGUAACUGCAGUUGCAGAAGGCCAAGAACUGCAAAAAGAAGCAGAAAAUGUUCUGAGUUUAAGCGAUCUGCCACCAGGAAGUAUAUGUUUAAGCUUAGAUAUGAAUAAUUGUAUGUAUGUAGCUGAGGAUAAUUGUCCUAAUUGUUCAAAUACCUUAGAACAGGAAGAUAUUAUGAUGGGAUGGGAACGGUCAUAUUCAAAUUAUACUACAAAAUGUCCACAGCCGAACUGUGAAGCAAAAUUUGUGGCGAGGUUUUUAGUGAUUUUGGAUAAAAAUAUUGAAGCUUCUAAUACAGUUUCGGUUGAGUUUUUAAGCCCACCGAUUAUCAGGAAAGAGCUGGAAAAUCUUAUAUAUACUCAUGGAGAGCGAGCUUUGCUGGCUAAAGACUUGUGUGAUAGACAUAAAAUUUUAUUCUGAAACAUGGCCUUAAAUUUUGAUUUGCUAAAACUCCCCAGCUUUUUCUUAAACCCUGGCCUUGAUAUGGAAUCCCUUCCUGAAAUCAUCGCUGAAAGCUUAAAGCAGCCAAAAUACCCUUCAAAAGAGAAAUCCCCUUCAAAGCGGCCAGAAAAGCCUAAUCGUGAUUAUGCCUCAAAUUCAGUUGACGAGUCUAUCUCUGACUCCAGCAGUAUCAGUGGGGCCAGCUCCACUUCAAAUGCUUCAUAUACAGGUUUUGUGGAUAAUAAAAUCUUUGGAUUUAUGAACAGAAGAAAUAAAUCAAGGACCUCCAGCAUUGCAAGCGACAACCAGUCCACUAAAAGUUCGAUAAAAAAUAUGAGCUUGAAAAAGCUUUUCCAGCCUUAUAUAGAGAAUUUCAGGAACGAAAAUCAUGAAAAAGUAAUGAAAAGUCCUUAUAAAGAAAGAAUGGAAAAUGAAGGAUAUGAUGAGCAUAUAAAUCAAGAAAUCCCAGAAAUGCCACAGAUGAGGAGUAUGAGUAGGUCGUAA